GCUAUUUAAAGAACACAGGGGGGGACUCACUCUACGUCCACACUUACAAUCAAAGGGCAUGGAGUUUGGACCACGCUGGUAUUGAAUUUCUGGAAAACGGUUCACGAUGAAGAUUCAUUCGAAAAUGUUUUACUUAGUAGGGAUUUUGCUUGCAAUAGAGAUUUUGCGUGUUUGCCCUAGGACUCUUCAAUCCCAAGAGGGUGAUACAGUUGAGCAAGUACUGGAGUCAAUAGCUAAUACCAGUAAUAACGAGAAGCAUGUAUUUAAAAGAAGUGUAUCUGGAUUCAAAUGUGGAUAUCGGCCAAUAGAAGAAGUGUCUUCCUUCUCUGGUAUUGGUUCCUUCAGGAUUGUUGGAGGCAAAAACUCUGUGGAAGGAGGCAAUCCCUGGCAGGUUUCCAUUAAACAGAGGACUUUUCAUUUCUGUGGCGGCAGCAUCAUUAACGAUGAAUGGGUCAUUUCAGCAGCACAUUGCUUUGCCAGCUAUAGAAAGUCCCGAAUAAAUGAGUUGGUUGUAACGGUUGGCGAGUACAAGCUCCAUACUACAGAUUCUGAGGAACAGCAAUUUGGAGUAGUGGAUUACUUCAUUCACCCGCAGUUUAAUGCCCAAAACCCUGUCAACUACGAUGUUGCUUUGGUGCACCUGAAAGGCAAAAUUGUAUUUGGAACAAAAGUUCAGCCAGUCUGCCUUCCAGAUGAAACCCAAGUUUUUCCAGCUGGCACCAUGUGUGUAGGAAGCGGAUGGGGAAAGACAGUGGAAGGUGGUGAAGUUUCAGAGAUUCUCCAAGAGGUUGACCUCCCCCUCAUUUCAGCUCAGCAGUGUGAUAAAGUGUUGACCACCCUAAAGCUUGCGUCAAUGGAUGAGACUAUGACAUGUGCAGGCUUUCCAGAAGGAGGCCGUGAUGCGUGCCAGGGUGACUCUGGGGGGCCUCUUGUGUGUAAGAGAACCACUGGUCUGUGGACCUUAAUGGGAGUCACCUCCUGGGGAGUUGGGUGUGCCAGGAAAUGGGCAGGUGAUGCAACCGGUUCUAAUCUAGGAACUCCAGGAGUAUACGCCAAAGUAUCAAGCUUCUUGCCUUAUAUCCUGGAGAAAAUUAGCAUUGGAAGAGCAUAUGUAGAUGAAGGAGAAUGCAGUUCCAGUGGAAUCACUUUAAGUGGUGUGCAAGGAAGUAUUCAAUACCCUCGGACAAUAGGAAGAAAUUAUUCAGAGAACAGCUUGUGUGUCUGGAAUAUUGUUGUCCCUACUGGCCAGAACAUUCUGAUCAAGAUCACUCAGAUGGACAUAGAGGAGGCUGUCACCUGUGACCGUGACUACCUGGCAGUAUAUUCUAACAAAGGGGUUCUUGUUGGUAAACUCUGUGGGAAGGAACUGCCUGCUCCACUCCUGGUUGACACUGAUAAAGCUCAAAUAAAGUUCAUCUCUGACAGCAGUAAUAGUGGCUGGGGGUUUGCUCUGAAUUACUCUGCCGUUGAUGAAAAUAGUCAGAAAGCUUCAGGUUGUGGAAGCACUGCUGUUCUGGUGGAACAAAGCAAGAUAGAUACUGCCAACUAUCCACUUGCAUACCCUGCUAAUGCAGAUUGUCACUGGCUCAUCAAAGCACCAGUUAAUAAUAUUAUAAAGUUGCAAUUCCUUGACUUUGAAGUGGAACAAAGCAAAGAGUGCAUGUAUGAUUCUGUGUCCAUUUUCAAUGACCAGAGCCAACAAGUAUUGAUAGCCAAACUUUGUGGAUUGUCGGUCCCUGGCCCUGUCUGGAGUAAAGGCAACACAAUGUCAAUUCACUUCAUAAGUGAUAAAGAGAACAACUUCAGAGGAUUUAAAGCAGAUUUUUUUUUCUUGCCAGCUGGAUCUGAAAUCCUGAAACAAUGGCAACCUGUUGCAGAAGCAAUUACAAAAUUUGUGCCUGUGGCGGACUGUGGUGUGAUGCCAAUUGAGCCGCAGUGGAAGAACAAACACAUUGUUGGUGGAGAGGAAGCUGUGCCACACUCCUGGCCCUGGCAGGCAACCCUCAUGUACCAGGGCACUCCGUACUGUGCAGGGGCUGUCGUGGACUCAAACUGGAUUGUGACUGCUGCCAGCUGCUUUAAUAUGUCUCCCCUAAGGAAGUACUGGAGAGUUAUUACUGGAGACCAUGACCGAAACCUAGUUGAGGGAACAGAGCAAGAUAGGGAAGUAAUAAAGAUCAUAUUCCAUCCAAGUUAUAACUUGUAUACGGAAGACUAUGAUCUGGCUCUUGUCAAGGUGUCAGAUUUGAUCUUCAAUGACCAUGUGAGACCCGUCUGCUUGCCCUCUGUAUCCAGUCCAGUGGAACCCUCCUCAGUCUGUGUUGGGUCUGGCUGGGGGGUCAUAAACGAAGGUCAACAAGAUUCCUCUUCAGAUUGUCCUCCUGAAGGCUGCAACUCUGGCAUAAAGAUUGCCACCAGGCUUCAGCAGCAGUAUAUUCCAAUCCAGAGCACAACUGUCUGCAAGGAGUCUUACCAGCACCCUGGUGGCAUCACGGAUAGAAUGAUGUGUGCUGGCUUCCCCACGACUGGCAGCGCUUCCUGUUAUGGGGAUGUUGGUGUUCCUCUGGUGUGCGAGGAAGAUGGCAGAUAUGUCCUCUAUGGUUUGCAGAGCUGGGGUAUUGGGUGUGGAACCAAGCCUGGAGUAUACACUCGUGUCAGAGUCUUAAUUGAUUGGAUUAGAUCUGUAAAGGAUUAUAAGCCUGGAAAAAGAGCGACUGGGACUUCUGCAGAUGAACCCUCAAUGUCCAUUCGCACCAAUGAGUGUCCCUCUAAUGAGGUGCUUGCUGGCCUGCAAGGUUCCUUUACGUCCCCAGGGUAUCCUCUUGAAUAUGCUGGCUACCUAAACUGCUCCUGGGUAUUGAAUUUGGAGCCAAGCAGCACAGUGCAGAUUUCCAUAUACAAUCUGUCUAUAACCCAGUCAAACGAGUGUGAGAGAGCAUUCCUCCGCAUCCGUGAAGAGAUAGGCAACCAAAGUAUUCUUCUAGGCCAAUACUGUGGUGUAUUUAACCAUCCAUUGGUGGUGAAGUCAAGUGCUGGAUCAGUAGUGAGGUUUCAGUUCACAACCGACGAACCUGCCAUGGAGAAAGGCUUUGCUCUGAACUAUACAGUUAACAAAAACAUUGCUGUUUAUGCAGCACUUGACCAAAAGGAUGCUGUCUCAGAAGUGGAUUUCAAGCAAAACUGUGGUGAUGUAUUACUGAUGGGGCCAAGUGGCAGUGAGAUUAGAUCUCCACGAUAUCCUGAGAACUACCCCAAAAAUACCAGCUGCUCUUGGAGAAUUGUAGCACCACUGAACUUCAUCAUUAGAAUUGAUUUCAAGACCUUCAGCACUGAAUCCAGUUCAGUUUCCUGCACUGAUAAUCUAGAUAUCUAUGAAGGAGCUGGUGCCCCAAAGGAGUUGUUGGCCCACUUCUUUGGACGGGACUUGCCUCCAUCUGUGAAGUCCUCUGGGCCUGAAUUAACAAUUGUGUUCCGUGCCACUUGCGAGCAAACAAGUAAAGGGUUUCUCUUGGGAUAUUCCUUCAUGGAGAUGAAACCAACAUCUGGUGUACAAAUGGAUGAGAAUCUGCUUUCUGCUUCAUGCCCAGUGUUGGUGUUGAUUCAGGAGUUACCUGGAGAGCUGAAGUCCCCCAAUUAUCCAGACCAUUAUCCUGGCAACUUGGACUGUAUGUGGACCAUCUACUCCACAUCUGGAAAAAAGAUCCUGUUGGAGGUAGUGGACUUCGUCACUGAGGACACCCGUGGAUGCAACUGGGAUCACUUGGAUAUUUAUGAUGGACCAAAUGCAGUGUCCAAAUUGCUGGCUUCUCUAUGUGGUGAGCAAAGCCCAAUGAAGCUGAUAUCCAGUAGCAGCUUUGUGUCCCUGAAGUUCAAGACUGAUUCUAGUGCUGGAGCGAGGGGGUUCAGGAUCAAAUAUUCCGAAACGGAGGGCGUUGGACUCGGCACCCGAACUGAAAAUACCUUUCACGUCAGGGGAGACAGUUAUCCCUGUGGUAUAACCAAGUUUAAGCCCUGUGGACUCGGACAGCAAUUGAUGCAAGAACAGUCCAGAAUUAUAAAUGGUAUCGUUGCAUGUCCAAACUCGUGGCCCUGGCAAGUGAGCCUGCAGUACAAAGGCCAGCAUUACUGUGGUGGGUGUUUGAUCCACCAGAACUGGGUUCUCACAGCAGGCCAUUGUGACUUCAACCGUGACACUGAUGCAGUGGUCUUGGGAGCGCAUGACCUCUCGUCUAAAACGGAACAAAUCCAGGUGAUCCAAGUAAUUGCAAAAUACAACCACAACAACUACGGAGGUUUCCCACCAGCCAAUGACCUUGCUCUGCUCCGCCUCCAGACACCUGCCAGACUAGGAGACACUGUUAUUCCAAUCUGCCUGCCAGACGGGGGUGUAGAAGUAGAUGCCAGCUGGUCUUGUGUGUCUACGGGAUGGGGGGCUACGGACCUAGUUAAUCAGGUGUUUCCAAACAAGUUGAACCAGGCUUCGCUUCCUAUUGUUGGUAGCAAGAGCUGUGCAGAUUAUUGGGGUGAUGUUAUAAAACCUACCCAUGUGUGUGCAGGGGCUGCUGGUUCUACAUCGUGUAGGGGCGAUUCUGGAGGUCCUCUUGAAUGCCAGAAAGAUUCUCUGUAUCUACUGAUUGGUGUUGUAAGCUGGGGCAACAAGGAAUGUGUGACUCAAGCUCCUGCUGUUUACACCAAGGUGUCUGCAUACAGGCAAUGGAUCAGCAAAAUCACGAACGGAGAAGUGUAAAUUAAGUGUAAUUAAAUUGUGCUCUUUGUAUGUACACUGAUGCAACCAAUUGGUCCUUUUUAGGAAGUCUGAGAUUAUGUAGAACCCCUUUCCCAUGUGCCCGUAUUGACUGCUAUGAAAUAAAAUACAAUUUCACAAACU